CAAUAGAGGAGAUAACAAAAUAACAAUAGCGCUAGCCAAUGAGAGCCUCGCAUUUAUUCUCAAGUGUUGUCGCUAGAUGAAUAGGCUCAAUUUAUGGCAAAUUAGUGAUUUAAUUAUCACGAAAGUCUACGGAAUAUAACUUGGAAACAGUGGUGCACAGACGACAGACUUAUUUGUGUUUUGGGAGAAGAAACAAUAAAGAGACUCUUAAGAAGGAACAAAGUGUACACAUGGAAGAUAGAUUUUAAAUAUACACGAAAUCACAUAGAUACUAAUAUUGAAUCUAUAUGUUAAAACUCAUGGAAGCUAAGCACAAAAUGCCGUCCGCGUAUAGCAUUGAUAGUAUUUUGGGGAAAGCUGAGAGAAAACUUUCUGCGAUUCCUGACGAUGUUGAAAUAAUGAGAAAUUCGCCGAGUGUUAUAAUGUGUCCCCAAACGUCCGGAUGCAUGUCAGUUCAAAGCCCGUCUAAGGAUUCUAAUGACCGAUCACCGGGUGCCUCCAGGAACGGUGAAAACUAUUUCGACUCAAGCCCGGAAAAAUCCGAGAACGAAGAAAAGCACGAACACAGCCACGAGGACCUGAACACGUCGCUGUCGGACGGUGAAAAUGAAGAGAGCGGAAAUGCUGGAAACAAGCCCCGGAAGCUGCGCAGAAGUCGUACAACUUUUACGACAUUCCAACUUCAUCAACUCGAGAGAGCGUUCGAGAAGACUCAGUACCCGGAUGUGUUCACCCGCGAGGAGUUAGCGUUGCGAUUAGAUCUCAGCGAGGCACGUGUUCAGGUUUGGUUUCAAAACAGACGAGCCAAGUGGCGUAAGCGCGAGAAGACGCUUGGGCGCGAGAGUCCGAGCUUCAUGCAGCGCGAAGGUGGUCUGGGACUCCCGGAUAUGCCGCCGUCCCAUCUCGGCUACCAAUCCCCGCUUGAGGCCUACUGGUCGAACCGCAUGACGAACCUCCCGGGUCUGAAUCCCCUUCUGUCCAUGCCGCACGGAAGCGCGAUGCUUGGCAAUAUGGCACAAUACUUCAACAAAGUCAGCUCAGCCGGGCUUUUUCCAAACUAUUUCCAAUCGACAGCACCCGGUAGCUCUUUCCCGGGUAUUCCGCAUAUGUACAUGCGUACCGGGCUCUCUGACAUUUCCGCCAUUGCACAGGCUCAGGCGGCUGCGGCGCUUUCGAGUCAGCUGGUUGGCAGGUUCCAGGUAUCCGAGCCGGAACAAGGUCUGGAUUUCCGCAGGUCCAGUAUCGAUAAGUUAAGACUAAAAGCGAAAGAGCAUACGGUACAAAAUGAUAAAUCAGAGCCGGGGUCACCGGAUUCGAAACGAGGUACCCCUAGUCCACAAAGACCGGUGUAAUAACAUAUUUAUGUUCUAAAAUAUGCGCAUAAAUAUCGAAAACAAUGUCCAGAGCAUGAAUGCAUCGUCCAUUCCGGAAAACACUCCGGGCGUAACAUGUUCAAUAUUGCUGAUUUUUGCCCGACCUUAAGUCGGGAUGCUGAAGUCAAGCAAACACAAGGACAGAAGGAGGUAUCUAUGUAUAUGAGCUGCGCUCAUGGAAAACGGGGUUUAAUACAUGUGCGUCAUCAGUGACGUCACUUUCCGCCAUAACUGGAUAAUCGCUCUGAAGAUACUACCAUUAAACGAAACAAACAGUGUCGUCCCUGAUUAUCCUGUGCGGAUUGCUUAGGCUAAUCUGGGACGACACUUAACGCACAAGUAUUCGGCCCCGUUUUCACGACUCACAUGAAUUUAAGUAGUGCUUGUUUUCAAAGUUAUUUUCACAUUGACCAGAUUUGAGCGGGAAACUGUUGUAUUUGCUGAUGAAAUGAUAUACAGAUGCAGCCGUUUGUAGCUCAACAGUCGACUAUUUGUAUGUUGAUAGAUUGAUCAAUGUCGUUUGUGAAAUUGUGGAUGCGGAGAGUACUGUAUAUAUUAUAACAGUCGUGUACAAAAUGUUCAAAAUAUGUAUUGUUUAUAAUAUCUGCUUUUAGAUAUGAAUGUUAUACUUGUGUGUGUUCGUUUAUUUCAAAGGCCUGAAUUUUUACAAAUUUACAACGUCUGUAUGCUAGCACACCUUUCUGGAAACAUUUCUUUGGCUAGCGUGUGUUUUAUUGUCUGUUUGAUUAUUAAUCGUUGUUGUUAUUUAACUUGUUAUUGAUAAUUUUGUCUGUAAAUGGUCGUUACGUUUAUAAAUAAAAAAAUACCUAUGGUAACAGCAGAA